GGUCCUCAUACUUUCGCGGAAGAGUCGAUUGAGUCCUUCUAGUGCUUUUCGAGUCAAUCACAUCCAUCAAGUUUAAAAAAAUUAAGCAAUUUCAUCAUUUGAGUGGUAAGCAACCAGGUAGCUUUUGAUGUGGAGGCCCACGUGGCAAUACUUUAGUUUUUCCAUUUCUUUUCUUUUUAGCUUUUCUCUUUCUUCUCUCAUAUACCACCUCUUCUUCUUCCCUAAUCUCCUCUGCAUUUUUCUUUCAGUUUUUAUUUCUUUCUUACUUAUUUUCUUUGUUCUAAUUCUUUCCAGAAUAAACUGCCAGCGACCAACUCUUCUCAUCCGCCGCCGUUACUUCGCCGUCACCCACAACCUUUCUGUCGCCGCGCGCCGCCGGUCGCUCAAAACUUUCCCAACCGCCAUUGUGGACUGCUCGUCGGCCAUACUUCUUCAAUCUGGCACUGAUCUUCCACAACCAAAGUUUGACCUGCCGCCGCCAAGCUCCGUCCGUCGCCCAAACUUCCCCAACCGCCGUCACCAGCCUCGCAUCGCUUAAAUUUUUCCCAACGGAUGCCACAGCUUCUCAACCGCCGACAUCCAUCCAAGAAAGAGAAUCAGAAAGAAUGGAAGAAAAGAAAGAAAAGGAAAUUGGAAAAUAAAGAAAUUGGGGUGAGGGAGAAAAUCAGGAGGAGAAGGAUAGUGAACUUGAAGGAAAGAAAAAAGAAAGAAAGGAGGGAAGAAAUGUACUGUUACGAAGCAAGGGUCUGUAAGAAGGAAGAUGGUUCACCCGUUCAACGGAGAAAGAAGCAAAGAAAAAGAAAAGAAAAGAGGGGAAAAGGGGAAAGAAGGAAAAAUAAAAAGUUUUGCCACGUGUGCUUCCACAUCAGCAGUUAUAUGGGUUACCGGCUGCUUACCGGUCAAACAGCAGAUUUGGUUAAUUUUUUGAACUUGGUGGACUUGAUUGAUUCGAAAAAUAGUAGAAGGAUUCAAUUGACAUUUUGGC